AUGACACCACCCUCACUGCCCAGCCUCGACAUCCCGCCCGAUAUCGCUACACCGAUAGACUUCAAUACCUCGCCAAAACUCUCUCGGUCACCUUCUGCUCAUGGUCUCAACGCCGCCACAGGCCGUCCUGCCAAAUGGACCCCGUUUCACCUGGUCAAAAUGGCCUGCCUUUACGUCUACACCAACCUGCCUCUCCAAAAAAUCAUCGACGUGGUCCACCACAAGUCGCCUCUUGGAAGCCAAACCCCCGGAACCGAUUCUGCGAAUAAAAAUCUCAACGUCUUGCUCGACAAGGAGCCUCGAUGGAUCCACCCCAGGACCCUUGAGGACAUGGGCCAACGGCUCGAGCAGCUUGCCCUCUCACCCUCUCAAAUGUCCUCCCAGUCUAGCGAUAGUUCAUCCUGUCGUGCUUGGUCCGAUCCACCUGCGUCAAACCUUCUACAUACUCCCCUCAAGACCCAGGGUAACGUCAGCCCCACGGCGUUGGACGUACCCCAUCACUCCAUGGACUCUUGGAGUGCUCCAACAUCACCAGUAGCUUCUUACUACGGCCGGGUCAAGUGGUCACCCCCUCAACAAGGUCUUACAGCCCGGAAAUAUGUUACCGAUGCCAAAGAGGAAACGGAACGAGAGCUAUUUGCACCUUACCUGCGCCGGGCCACUGUGACAUCCUCUUCGACAGCCACGUCGGCGUCCUCCCUCAGGUCGGUGUUGGCAGAGUACAGCUCACCCUACCGCGCCGUUGUCAAAAGACUUAUGCGACAAAUUCCCCGCUUCUCACAACGUUCGAGGCACACGUCACCCAUCUCUGAGGCCAAUUCAACAGUCAUGGACUGGCUAAACGAUGAGGUGGCCCCAGCUGCAUACGAUGGUUCACCCUUCCCCCUACCAGGCGACUUUCUCAAAGUUGAUCAAUACGUACAACAACCAGAUAUGCUUGACCAGCAUCGCAGAUACUGUCUGCUAUCUGAUGCCGAUGAGUUACGACAAGCGCCUGCCAGCGCGUUACCUUGGGUGACGCCUAGUGGCCUGACGGAAAAAGGCUCGCACAUCCUCGCAGGCCUCGUUUCUGAAUUUUCCGAGUCAGACUUUUCCGACAUGGAUGUCUUUGGUAAUACAUUGUUGCAUUUUGUCGCCGCUCGGGACACCGGUCUGAUGUCAUUUUACAACAUCCUCAUACAUCCGAAAGCCAGUGAUAUACUGCAAACGGUCAACUCGGCCGGUCAGUCGUUUCUUCAUGUCAUGCACCAGGACACUAUGAACAACAAAAGUUUUGUGAGCUGGCUAGUCUCCGAAGUGAGGCAAUCGAUGGACAUUUACGCCCAAGACCACUAUGGCCGCAACUUUUUCCACAUGCUACGAACCAGUGGCGUCAGCCAGACGGUGUUACAGGAGAUACUCGAGCCAAAUGACGCCGUAACGUGGAACACUCGCGAUGCGUUUGGGAGUAAACCAUAUCUAUACACUUCCGAAUCAGCUCACAUGGUGUUCAAUUUGUCAUCGGACUCGAUUCCAUCACUCGCUAGCGCUUCUGUUCCCGUCGAGAAUAGAGCCAUUGCCGCGCAAAGACAACUCGUGACUUUUGUUGGCAGGGCAAUCAACGAGGAUCCCGCCGCGGAGUAUUCGCAGGGACGCAAUGGUCUUCAUUGCCUUGCCGCCGCAAACUUGAGCAUGGUACCUGGAACAAUAUCCUCGGACACAGCCGAUAGCACACCUAGCCCAGCAACAGCCGGUGGUGCCACAAUGAACGGCAGACGUCGCACUAGCGGUGGUAACAAGAGAGAAACGGACUCAUCAGAGGCUCGCUUGAAAGUGCGCCUCAAAUCGCUCAAGGAGCUUCUCGACUCGGGUGUCAGAGCCAAUGCCUACGACAAUAACGGCAACACUCCGCUGAUGGCGUUUGCUGCACAGCUUCUCGAAGACGGUGAUUAUAAGAUUGGUCCGGAGAUUCUUACAACACUCAUCAAUAGCGGUGGAGAUGUCAACGCACGUAACCGCGCUGGCGAAACCGCGCUGCACAUUGCCGUCCGGUGCGGACGCAAGCUCGCUGCCAGGACACUGGUCAACGCGGGAGCCAAUGUUGUACUGGGUGCCGCAGAUGCCAAGAUUAUGGCAUUGAGCGGCAACUGCCCGGGCGAGUAUGCCCGCUUGAUGGCGUGCCGGGCGUGGCUGAGCGGGCAGAAAGGCGGUGCCGUACAGAACCCAACCGUGCUGCAAGAAUGGGGACGUCGAGCAUGA